CUCCAGUCGGCACAUCGCAGCUGAACCAUUCGUUCCAUUUCGAGAGAAUUCUGCACAGAAAAACUUUUGUUUUUUAAAAAAUGGUCCAAACUUUCAGAUCUCUUUCAUCGCUACUGAUCGUAUUGGCCUGCUGCUUCCUAAAUGGGGCUACAGCCGAGGAGCGAGAAGGGAAACAAAUUCUCCUGCCAGCUGUUCCCCCAUACCCCUUUUACUUUUACGCAAACAAUCCUGUCGCUCCUGUGUAUGUUAAUGCAGGAGAGGCUCCAGUCGAAAUGGAUGCUAGAGUGACAAGCAGUGACGCAGUUGGCAGGACAUUUUUCCGAAUUUUCGGAUGUCCGACGUGCCCGACUUGCCCGGCUCCUGUAAUAUGUCCAACAUGCCCUACGCCUGCAACACCUGCUGAUGGUUCCAUCUUUAUACCCAGCACAUCCGGAUGCACGACUACUCUCAACAGUCUUGAUGCUACUCUCCUGCCUUGUGCUCGGUCAUCGGCAGCACCCAAAGGAACUAUCGAUGUCACAUUUACCGCUACGACGACGAGCGUUAUGAUGGCAAUUGUGGGUGCUACCCCGACUACCGCAAUCAGAUUAACAUGCACUUCUAUUCCAUCUACUUUCCUUGGCGUUACGCAAUUCGGUCCAAUAUCUACCAAUUCCCUUAGCGUUACCGGAGUUGGGUUCAUCCAAUUUCUAGCUUCGUCUGGUGGUGCUAUUUUGCCGAAUCCCUCAUUGAAAUGCACGUGGUCGUCAUAACUUCC